ACCGUGUUGAUAUCAACACCGUGUGCAAUGCAGCAAGCACCACCUUCACAUCUGAGUGAGCAAUAAGUAGAAAUCUGCUACUCGUUUCAUUCUACAACUUUUCCUCGAUCGAUCACUUCGACUGAUCCGUUCAAGCCACAGCUCAUCGAUCCAACCCAGAUCAGCUACAUACCAGCUCUACCUCCACACCCACUCCAUUCCAUUCAUCAUGGUACAAAUCGUCAAGCGUCAAGGCUACAAGCUGCUCAACCUCUGGACCACGGACAAAGGCACCUUCCCAGUCGUCUUCUGUGCCUCCUUCGCCGCCGUAGCCGCCACGGGUAUGUCGCUGCGCUACCUCUUCCUGAACCCCGACGUGUACGUGAACAAGGAAGAACGUUUUACUUCACUGCACCACACUUUGGAGCCGCGGGAGGAUCGUGGGUCUGCAUGGCGACAGUUCCGUUUCCGUAUGGCAAAUCUGAAGCGUAACCCGAUCAACCAGUCUCGCCAGUUCGACGAGCUGUUCGCCAAGGAGGAGAACAAGGGCGUGCAGAGAUAGCUCGUGAUGAACGACGCCAACUUGGCGUGAGUGAGAGCAGACUGCGAUACUUCUGUUGUUGUAUUUCUACUUGACGAGAGAUGAAUAGCUAAACUUCUCUCAGAAUGAAUAUAUAUGUUGCAUUUUUGCAGUGUACUUCUAUUAAUACUAGAUGCAUGAAGGUUAGCACCAAUAGCAGCUAAAUCUUCUACCAGAAACGAAAACAAUACGAAAAUAUAUUGCGGUGUAUGAAUGCUGUG